AAUGAAAACCAGAGGUGUUGUGCUACUGAUGUUGAUUGUUGCAUUCGCAGCCAACGUGGAGGCUGAUGAUCCUGUAGAAGGGGAUGAGGAUGGCGGCAGUUCUCUUGAUCUUCCUGGGAUCCCGUCCCUGAUAGAACAGCUGGCACUGAGAGAGGAGAAGGUGAUGAAACAGCUGAGCACUCAGAUGUUACCUCCUCCACUUGGCUACGUAGUUAACAAGCCAGAGCCUGACUACGACAGAGUAGAGCGGCCACUCAACCGACCUCCUGUGUCUGGCUCAUCUAACAAAGAGGUGACGGAGACUGAUCUUUACCUACUGGGAGCCAUUGAACGGUUGGUUUACCGAGUGGAUCUCAUGGAGAAGAGGCUGAAGCGUUCAGAGGAGCUGUUGUACCAUGUGAUGCAAGGGGCCAACACACAGAGAGAAGAUCCCUGCCCUGGUAAUUUCACGAGAGUCGCUCGGAACUGCUACCACAUCAGUGAGCGACAGUUCAACUGGAAGUCUGCGGCUUCCAUGUGCAAGAGUCUUGGGGCAAACCUUGUAGAGCUGGAGAGUAGAGAGGAGUUCACAGAACUCGUCACCUUUCUACAAGCAGACCCUUACCUUCAAGGUACAGAGUUCUGGACGGGAGGGUUGAACCCUGGCCUGUUGUGGAUUUGGUCAAACACUGGACGACCAGUAACACCCAAGCGGCCAACGACUCGUCCCGAGGACACUGUUGUAGGCGCGGGGAGAUGUCUCUCGCUCGGUUACUCACCCAAAACAAGGCUCUUCCAGUACCAGGGUGCAGAAUGUGGAGUGCGUCAAAGAUACAUCUGUGAACAUGAAGAAAAUGCUACAUCUCGCGGCCUUAACAGAAUACACAAGGCUCUUCAGCUGUAAAUUAUUGUACAAGUCAUAGAUGUAAGACCAAUCUCAAUUUUAUUUAUUAAAUAUUAUGUUUUUAUCCA